AUGGGAUUAACGGAGGGAGGGGGGGGAAUCAGCAUUACUAAUUGGGUUAGUUUAGGAGCUGGGUGGGAGGAAUUUAGAAAUAGCAAGAACUUUCUUUACAAAACAAAAAACGGCAAAAACUUUCUUUACAAAACAAGAAAUGGCAAGAACUUUCUUUACAAAACAAAAAACGGCAAGAACUUUUUUUACAAAACAAAAAAUGGCAAGGACUUUCUUUACAAAACAAAAAAUAGCAAGAACUUUCUUUACAAAACAAAAAAUGGCAAUAACUUUCUUUACAAAACAAAAAAUAGCAAGAACUUUCUUUACAAAACAAAAAAUGGCAAGAACUUUCUUUACAAAAAACCAUAGCAAGAACUUUCUUUACAAAACAAAAAAUGACAAACUUUUGGUCUUCAGACAUUUUCAGUACACAAAAAGCAUGAAAAACAACUUUUCAUUGUAACGAAAAGCUAAACAAGCAAAAAAAUAUUGCCAGACAAAGCUUUUUUAAUUAUUUAUAUUCAAAAAGGUGGGCUGAUGCACUAACGGAAACAACAAAUUGAGACAUGCAUUUAAAAGAAAAAAACUUGUAACGACAGACCAGACCAGGCCAAACCAGACCAGAUCAGACCAGCCAGAACAGACCAGACCAGGCCAGACCAGACCAGACCAGACCAGACCAGACCAGACCAGACCAGACCAGACCAGGCCAGACCAGACCAGACCAGACCAGACCAGACCAGACCAGACCAGACCAGACCAGACCAGAGCAUACCAGACCAGACCAGACCAGACCAGACCAAAUCAGACCAGACCAGACCAAAUCAGACCAGACCAGAAAAGACUAGACCAGACUAGAACAGACCAGACCAGGCCAGACCAGACCAGACCAGACCAGACCAGACCAGACCAGACCAGACCAGACCAGAACAGACCAGACCAGACCAGACCAGAGCAUACCAGACCAGACCAGACCAAACCAAAUCUGACCAGACCAGAAAAGACCAGACCAGACUAG